AUGUUAACAGAAUGUGCAAACAAAGUAGUGAUGGAUGCACAAAAGGAAGCUAAAUUUGUGGGACAUAAAUACAUUAGCACAGAGCAUAUACUACUUGGGAUUCUUGGUGAUGCAAAUGGGUUGGCUGCAAAAAUUCUAAAGUCUUUUGGAAUUGAUCUUAAUGUUAGUAGGGAGGAAGUAAAGAAGUUGAUUGGGAGAGGUGGUGGUUGUAGUGGUUUGGUUUGUAAAGAUGUAAGGUUCACUUAUGAUGCUAAAAAUGUUCUUGAUUUCUCAUUCAAACAAGCCAAGUUUCAAGGUCAUGAAUAUGCUGACACAAUGCACCUACUUUUGGGAUUGCUUCAUGGGACUAAUGGUGUGGUAAUUCAAUUGAUUCAAAAUCAAGGUGCUGAUGUUAACAAAAUUAGAGAAGAGGUAAUUAAAAAACUUGGAAGCAAGAUUGAAGAAAAUGUUCACCAAGGUUCUAAGAAUAAAAUUGGAUGCAAAGUUGAAGAAAAUGUUCGCUGUGAUAUUGUUACUGCAGAAAGUUCAAGGAAUAAUCAGAUUAAAUGUCCUAUUGUGUCUCAUAACAAUAACCUAGGUGGAAAGAAAGAUGAAAAUAUGAAUAAACAAAUGCCUGCCCUUGAGAUGUUUGGAACCAAUCUAACAAAAUUGGCACAAGAGGGUAAACUUCAUCCUUUUGUAGGAAGGGAAGAGCAAGUGGAACGCGUGAUUCAGAUAAUUUGUAGAAGGAUGAAAAACAACCCUUGCCUUGUAGGAGAACCUGGAGUAGGGAAAACAUCAAUCAUACAAGGUCUUGCUCAGAGAAUUUUGAGUGGAUUUGUUCCUGAAAAACUCAAGGGAAAAAAGGUAAGUGGUAAUAAUAGUACUAUGUACUUAAGCCAUGUAUAGAUAAACAACUUAAUUAAUUAAGCUUUGAUAGCAUAAGCACUUAUCAUAUUAGUGUUUAUGUAUAAACUCUUUCAAGCUCUGUCAAAUAGUCUCACAAGUGAUCAUACCAGUAGAUAAGAUUAUGCAGCAUAUUAAUUUCCACUUAUUUUGCUUCUUAGGUGAUUACAUUAGAUG